GCCGUCGCUACCGAUCCUGACGCCCGGGUGUCGGACCUCGCCAACAAUACAGGCAGUUAAGUGAUAAUAGAUUCCCAGGCGUGAGAAGCUUUCCGGACAGGUCGGUGUGGCGGAAGUUUGUCCCACACAAAAUCAGGGCGUUCAUGUGGCUGGUCGCGCACAAGAAGAUCCUCACGCUGGAUAACCUACAGAGAAGAGGCUGGUUGCUGGCCAACCGGUGCUACAUGUGCCACAGUGCGGAGGAGAGCAUUAAUCACUUGUUGAUUGAGUGUGAUUUCGCCAAGCAAGUUUGGAGGGGGUUCGGCAGAGUGUGCUCCAUUCUUGCCCCGCCGACAGGUGACAUUCUUAUGGCCAUUCAAAGAUGGAGCAGCGACCUUCCUGAUAACCUUGUUGGAUGGAUUGGCUUUUGCGCUCUUCAUGUGAUUAGCUGGCAGGUGUGGCUCGAAAGAAACAGCCGUGUUUUUAGAGACAGAUGCCUUGGUGUUGCUGAUGUUCUUAAGAAAGCCCUUCUGCUCAUUGUUGACAACCUGAUCGCUCACGGAAAGAUAAGCAGGGAGGAGGGCAUGGGAUGGAUGUUGGAUGUGCGUCGCAGCUUGGAUCCCUCCUACGGCUUCGCUUUGAUGCAGUGACGCGUGUUGGGUGGAUCGGGAUGGAUUGUUUUGGUUGGAGCUGUG